GAGCCCCUCGCCAAUCAGGAGCCGCCGAGCCGGAGGUCUUAAUCUGCGACACAAUAUCUCACAUCCGGUCCCACACUUUAAGAGUCGCGGGUCUCUUCGUUUCCCUAUACAUUUCUUCUUAACGUAGAAAGAGAAACCAUGGCAAGAACCAAGCAGACCGCCCGUAAGUCUACCGGAGGCAAAGCCCCCAGGAAGCAGCUGGCCACCAAGGCUGCCCGGAAGAGCGCCCCGGCCACCGGCGGCGUGAAGAAGCCUCACCGUUACAGACCCGGGACCGUGGCUCUGAGGGAGAUCCGUCGCUACCAGAAAUCCACGGAGCUGCUGAUCCGCAAGCUGCCCUUCCAGCGCCUCGUGAGAGAGAUCGCUCAGGACUUCAAGACCGACCUGCGCUUCCAGAGCUCCGCCGUCAUGGCUCUGCAGGAGGCCAGCGAGGCCUACCUGGUCGGCCUGUUCGAGGACACCAACCUCUGCGCCAUCCACGCCAAGAGGGUCACCAUCAUGCCCAAAGACAUCCAGCUGGCCCGGCGCAUCCGCGGAGAGAGAGCUUAAACUGUCUGCUGCUCCACACACCACAAAGGCUCUUUUAAGAGCCACC